AUGACCACCCUCGGCGAUGACCUCCUCCGCACGGUCAACAAGCUCCAGGACCUCGUCUUCAACACCAUCGGAAAUGACUCUCUCGAUCUUCCUCAGAUAGUCGUUGUCGGUUCGCAGUCCUCAGGCAAAUCCUCGGUCCUUGAAAAUAUUGUCGGCAGAGACUUUCUCCCUCGAGGCAGUGGCAUCGUCACCCGUCGACCGCUGAUAUUGCAGCUGAUCAAUAUCCCGCCUGACGAUGAAGAUGGCGCAAACGAUGAAGAUGAGGUCCGCAUCCCACACACUGCGGCCAGCGUGGCCGAACACGGAGAGUGGGCAGAGUUUCACCACAUCCCCGGUCGCAAGUUCAGGGACUUCAACCAAGUACGAGCCGAGAUCGAAAAUGAGACUGCGAGAAUAGCUGGCAACAACAAGGGCAUCAACCGACAACCCAUCAACCUCAAGAUCUUCUCUCCGCACGUUCUGAACCUGACGUUGGUCGAUUUACCCGGUUUGACCAAGGUUCCCAUCGGCGAUCAGCCGUCAGAUAUCGAGAAACAAACCAGGACCCUCAUAUCCGAGUACAUCGCGAAGCCGAACAGUAUCGUCCUCGCCGUGUCCCCGGCAAAUGUCGACAUCGUCAACUCGGAAGCUCUGAAACUCGCGCGUCAUGUGGAUCCUUUGGGAAGAAGGACAAUCGGCGUCCUGACAAAACUGGAUUUGAUGGACCACGGUACAAAUGCUCUCGACAUCUUGUCCGGUCGCGUCUAUCCCUUGAAACUGGGAUUUAUUGGCGUGGUCAACCGAUCGCAACAGGAUAUUCAGACCAACAAACCCAUGGCGGAAGCUUUGAAAGCGGAGGCCGAGUUCUUUCGGCAUCAUCCUGCAUACCGAAAUAUGGCCACGAGAUGUGGAACACAGUACCUUGCAAAGACUUUGAAUACGACGCUGAUGGCGCAUAUCCGAGAUAGACUGCCUGAUAUCAAGGCAAGAUUGAACACACUAAUGGGCCAGACACAACAAGAGCUGGCAAGCUAUGGCAGCAAACAGUUCAGUGGCAAAGAGCAUCGUGGUUCGUUAAUUCUACAGCUGAUGACUCGCUUUGCGAACUCGUUCAUCUCCUCCAUCGACGGUACAUCCACCGAAAUCUCGACCAAAGAGCUCUGUGGUGGUGCUCGGAUAUAUUACAUCUUCAAUUCUGUCUUUGGCAACUCUCUAGAGACCAUUGAUCCAACCCACAAUCUGUCAGUUCUCGACAUUCGGACUGCGAUUCGAAAUUCAACUGGACCCCGCCCGAGUCUUUUCGUCCCCGAACUGGCAUUCGAUCUACUGGUUAAACCUCAAAUCAAGCUGCUAGAAAUUCCCAGUCAGCGAUGUGUUGAGCUGGUGUAUGAGGAACUGAUCAAGAUCUGCCACACCUGCGGGUCGCAGGAAUUAUCAAGAUUUCCUAGAUUACAGGGCAAACUUAUCGAAGUUGUGUCGGACCUUCUGAGGGAACGGUUGGGACCUAGUUCGCAUUAUGUCGAGUCCUUGAUCUCGAUUCAACGCGCGUACAUCAACACGAACCACCCGAACUUCCUUGGAGCCGCCGCCGCCAUGUCUUCUGUCAUUGCCAGCAAGAACGAAAAGGACAAGAGAGCAGCGCAAGCAGAAGAGAAGCGGAAACGAGAGAAGCAGCGGCUGAAGCAAAUAGGACUUAACGGUACAGCCACUCCAGAUGAGGAAGAUGCCGAACAGGAAGACAAAGCCACGGCACUCCCUGUACGAAAACAUCCUGCCGCCACUCGCAGUAUGUCUCCCGCCGUAUCUCGGGAAAACGGGUUUGGCAGUGUCUCUGGCGCAACGGGGACAGGCGGCAAUACACGAGACUCGUUCCUGAACUAUUUCUUCGGUAAGGAUGGAGGAUUGCCAUCCGGCCCACCAUCCGGCCCACCAGCGGCUUCCGCUCCGCAUCGACAUCCAACUCAGAACAUUGAUGCAAGCUUUUCACAAAGCAUGCGCCGUAUGGAGAGAGGUAGCUUCACUGAUCGAACGCCGGCCUUCCCACCCCCCAUGAAUGAUGAUUACGCGCCGUCAGAAUACGGCGACUCAAAUUCACUUUUCCCGGAGCAGUCUGCAGAGCCAGUCUUGACUGACCGUGAAGCACUGGAAACCGAACUCAUCCGCCGGCUGAUCAGUUCCUAUUUCAACAUUGUGCGUGAGACCAUUGCAGACCAAGUUCCCAAAGCCAUCAUGCAUCUUCUGGUCAACCAUAGCAGGGACGAGGUCCAGAACCGCCUAGUUUCGGAGCUGUAUAAGGAGGAGUUGUUCGACGAGCUGCUCUACGAGGACGAUGGAAUCAAGAAAGAGAGAGAAAAGUGCGAGAGGUUGCUCGCCACGUACAAAGAGGCAGCUAGAAUUGUGGGAGAGGUCUUGUAA